CGCGGUGGCGGCGAAGACUAAGGCCUUGGUGCGGUUGGUUUGGACGCUCCAGUAGGCUGGAGCUGCGAGCGCGGAGCCGUCGGCAGAUUGCUCUUUAAUGGCCAUGGCAUAAGGAACAGUAUCACCAGGAAGACAGCUUUACACUGGUGUUGCAUUAACUUUUCCUAGGGAGAUGCGAGCAAACGAGUAUUCAUCCCAGAUAGGGCACCAAGGACAGAACAGAGUACGAUUCCACCAAAGUCCAACUUGGCGAACCACACUGAACAGAAUUGGUGAUGAAAUGGAGCCUGGAACAAACUCUUUUCGAGUAGAGUUUCCAGAUUUUUCCAGCACCAUUCUUCAGAAACUAAACCAGCAGCGACAACAAGGACAGUUAUGUGACGUCUCCAUUGUAGUCCAAGGCCACAUUUUCCGGGCACACAAAGCCGUUCUUGCUGCCAGUUCACCCUACUUUUGUGACCAAGUACUCCUAAAAAACAGUAGGAGAAUUGUUUUGCCUGAUGUGAUGAACCCAAGAGUGUUUGAGAACAUUCUCCUAUCUAGCUACACAGGACGCCUUGUGAUGCCUGCUCCAGAAAUUGUUAGUUACUUAACAGCAGCCAGCUUCCUGCAGAUGUGGCAUGUGGUGGACAAGUGCACUGAGGUUCUGGAGGGAAACCCCACAGUUCUGUGUCAGAAACUAAAUCAUGGCAGUGACCACCAGUCUCCCAGUAGCAGUAACUACAAUGGCCUGGUAGAGAGCUUUGAGCUGGGCUCUGCGGGGCAUACUGAUUUCCCCAAAGCGCAGGAACUGAGGGAUGGUGAAAAUGAAGAAGAAAGCACCAAAGAUGAGCUGUCAUCUCAGCUCACUGAGCAAGAGUACUUGCCCAGUAACUCGUCCACAGAGCAUGACCGACUGAGCACCGAGAUGGCAAGCCAGGAUGGGGAGGAGGGGGCCAGCGACAGCGCUGAGUUCCACUACACCCGGCCUCUGUACAGCAAGCCCAGCAUAAUGGCUCACAAACGCUGGAUCCAUGUGAAGCCUGAGCGCCUGGAACAGGCGUGUGAGGGCAUGGAUGUCCAUGCAGCCUAUGACGAGCACCAGGUCACCGAGUCCAUCAACACCAUGCAGACAGAGCACUUGGUCCAGCCUUCAGGAGUGGAGGAAGACUUCCAGGUUGUGGAGAAGAAAGUGGAAGCAGAGUUUGAUGAGCAAGCAGAGGAGAGCAACUAUGACGAACAGGUGGACUUCUAUGGCUCCUCCAUGGAAGAGUUUUCUGGAGAAAGGUUGGAUGGGAACUUAAUUGGGCAUAGACAGGAGGCUGCCCUCGCAGCCGGCUACAGUGAGAAUAUUGAAAUGGUGACGGGGAUAAAAGAAGAGGCGUCCCACUUAGGAUUCUCAGCCACUGACAAGCUGUAUCCUUGUCAGUGUGGGAAAAGUUUCACACACAAGAGUCAGCGAGAUCGACACAUGAGCAUGCACCUCGGUCUUCGCCCUUAUGGCUGUGGUGUCUGUGGUAAGAAAUUCAAAAUGAAGCACCAUCUCGUGGGUCACAUGAAAAUUCAUACAGGCAUAAAGCCCUACGAAUGUAAUAUCUGUGCAAAGAGGUUUAUGUGGAGGGACAGUUUCCACAGGCAUGUGACUUCUUGUACCAAGUCCUAUGAAGCUGCAAAGGCUGAGCAGAAUACAACUGAGGCUAACUAAAAAUAGGGUCUGGCCCUUGAGUGGCAUGCACAAAAAUAAACUAUGGUAAUUAAUGCAAAUCUGGGCACAGAUGAUGCGUGCCACUUGCUAUUAUGAGAGAAGCUUAAAAAGAAAAAAAAGGAAGAUAUUUCUGAAAGACCAGCUCUAAGUAGGCCAAUUAAAAAAAUUUAAUUCCUCAAAUUUAUAUGUUCUGGUCCUGGCCUAGAAUGGAUGAUGGGGAUAAGUUCACCCAGUGCCCAGCUGGCAAGACAGCCUUUCCAGCUAGCAGUGACUGAGGCAGUGGACUUGGUGGCAGACUAACCCACCAGUGCACUCAGGUCGUAGCAGUUUUCUAUCAUGCAGUGCCCUGGGGUCAGGGUGCUGCAGGGUGCUGCUCCUGGUUGCUGCAGAGUUGUGAGGCUUUGCGUUGGUAGUGCAUCACUGGAUGCUGCUCUCCUCGAGACUACAGCAGCCUGACUCCUAGGCUGAGAUGUGAACAGAGCUCUUUCAUGUCUAGUUUCAUGCUUUCUAAAGUUCUAGCUGAAACUAUGGCGAUGUUAGAUAGACCCGAGUCCAAAACAGGUGACAUGGCUCCUGUCAUAGUGCUUCAGACUCUUGACAAAGCACGAUUGUGUGUUUAGUUCUAAUUGGGAUUGAACCAUUGUGUCUCCUUUUAAGUCUAUGGGUGACAGAGAUAGGUGUUUCUAGUUGGUUUGUAACCCUAAGCUUCCUCAUUUAAUGGUAGCAUCCGGGCUAGACUUCCAGCCUGCAGUGACUCAACACAGUACUGGCAGUGUCCUGUGGCCCCCUGCCUUAGAUCAUGGUGCUUCCCAACAAGGGUUAGCCAGGGAUGCAUGGCUAAGAGUUACCUGUGAGCGGGACACUCCCAUGCUCAGAGUGAGAGAGAGUGUUGGCAGAAGCAGCAACUUAUAAACAGAAGGCUAUACUUAAGAAAAGUCUCAAAAAUACAUUGGUCUGGGGGAUGUGGUUCAGAGGGUACACUGAACAACACUGUCACUCCGCUCAUCAUGAGACCAGGAAUGUGAGUUCAAAGUGGGAAGGGGGUCCUACCUUGAGCAACGUCAUCUAACAGAUGAUGUUCCGUAGUCGGAGAGAAAGCUGCACACAUUCACAAGUCCCAGUAGCUUAUACCCGCUCAGGGAAGAAAGGCCGCCCACCCUGCAUGGCCUGAUCUGCCUGGAGUUGGAAAGAAGUCUUGUGUUUAAGCAUGUGAUAGGCCUGAGGCUCUUACUGGGGUGUCUAGUGUGCUUUUCUUGACUGGGAUCGCAUUCUGACCAAAGGCAGCUCAGGGGAGAAAGGGUCUUUGUCAGCUUACACUACCAUGUCACAAUCCAUUCCUGACGGAUUUUCAGCAGGAACUUGAAUAUUGACAGGCAAGACUAUCAACCACAGAUGUGCCCACAGGUUGCUCUGAUUUGAGCAAUCCCUCAACUGAGACCCCCUUCCCAGAUAACUCUAGGCCACAUUAAAUUGUCAGAGCAAGCUAGACAACAGGGCAGGGUGUUGCUUCUAUGUCAUCUAUUAUUAUUGCUAAGUAGAAACUUCUUUUUCUUAAAAUAAAAAUUAUUUUUCUUGGCUUUGGGGUGAAAUUUUGUUUUUAAAGUUUGUCUUUCUCUAAUGUGACAGACAUUUCUGGCAAGGGUUUCUGAUCAUAAGGCUUCUGACACCUUUGACCUUUGUUUGAAAAGGGGAAAGAAAAUUGGGACUGCCAGUAAAUGCUUAUGAUCAAGAUUGUGAAACAGGGAUCUAUUUAUGAACACUGUAUCAAUCUUGGUAUACAAAAGCACUUUGUAUUUAAAACUUUGUUAUAAGUAUAGGUGUAGAUUUUUUUUUAACCUAGAAACUAGAUAAUUACCUCCUAGUGGUUUGGUACAUUCAGAUGAUCACCCAUCUCCCAGUGUGGAAAUCUGCCAGUCAGCGGUGGUCCUCUGUGGCCCUAAGAAGUGCAUGGAGGGGACUGUACAGUCAGCUCACACUUGCCUCCUAGUCUCACGGAGAGGCCAGUGGGUUUAGGGAUGACCCUGAGAUGUGUGAGGAUGAAGUCUUUGCAGCUUCUAGUAAUUUCUACCUGAGGCAGUUGAACCAUUCUGUAGUCAGGAGCUGCUCCCACCCCUGCAUGCAUGGUGACAAAGCUUUUCAGCUGGAGUGGGGCAGACCCUGUGAAUAGGUAGGGUGUCCUAGGUCCAGGAGGCAGAGAAAUAACCAUAGUCUAGGCAUUAAUUAAAUUGAGGCUUCUGGCCUGCCUUUCCCAUCAGGGGUCCUUCCUAGCACCCAGCUGUGCUGUGGUGCUGGUCUCCUCACCACUGCCUUAGGAAAGCCCCGCCCUUCCAGACAAGCUUGAAUAGUUGUGGACAACACUGUCCGGCGUUCAGGGACUUGACAGUGGCCCAUCAGCAAGGUGUUUGUUAUCUACUUUGAGCCUUGACUUCUCCAGGCCUUAUAGGAAAGGGCUUCCAGGCCCUUGACUUCUCCAGGCUUUAUAGGAAAGGGCUUCCAGGACCCCCGGUUGCAUUUCACAAUCUGCAUGCGCCAUGCCUUCAGUCUUGGAUGCACACGUCAGUGAGCUGCAUGAUCCAGCUCCUCAUGUGCGCUUGUUCUUAGCCCUGGCCCAUUGCCUUGGAUUUCUAGAGCUCACCUUCUCUGGCCUGGUUCUUAAGAGCCUGCCCUAAAGGAUUCCCUCCAUUGCAGGGGCGUUUACUGAACUACUCUUACCCUGAACAGGCUUCGGGCCAUGGGCUACACUACAAAGGGUGGCACACCCUGAGCUGGUGUUGAAGGGAAGGUGAGGAACAAAGGCUGUGCUGCAUUCUGGGAAAUGUGUGCUGCUGCAGGGUCCCCAAGGUCGGGCUGAAGCUUUGCCUCUCCCACUGUGGGAAUGCUGGGGACCAAGGGCAGGGUUGCCCUUGGCCUCCUGUGCUUUAGGUUGCUUUGACUGGUAACUAACAUUAUCCAAUGAAUCCAGGGUUGCUUUGGGUUUUUUUCUUUUUUUUUUCUCUGCUAUUUACAUAUUUAAAGGUACUAGUUUCUAAUUGCAAAUCUCUACUGACAGCACCCUGUGGGAACAUGCUGGAACACCUUUGCAAAUGUGAUUUUUUUUUUUCUUUUUAAAUGUUGCUUGAAGCCUGUGUCAUGUCAGUUGCUGCUGCCUCUUUUCUUUUUAUGAGGUUCCCGAUGUUUCUUCCAGAAAGUUACUUUAUUUAUGCAAGUCAGGUGACUCUUGGGCCACAGAACCGUGGGGUGAUAAGCAGAUCGUCAUUAGGUGCAUAUCAUGGAUACUUGUGAACGCCUGUGUUGCAGAAGUUAAAUAGUUCUUUCUAGAAUUGCUGUCCUCAGUGUACAGCGUGGUUUUAACUGAAUGUUACUGUUUAAUAUUUUCUUCUUAUAGAAGAGACCAUGCCCUUUUGUAUGACACGUUUUAAUAAAUGUUACCUGUCCAUUUUGUACAAAGUUGCGUCUUGUUUUUCACUUUGGUUCUGCCUUUUGUAGCCUGAGAUUAAAGUUGUGUCAUCACCUUUCUAUAAGUAAAAACCACGUAGGCUGCUGGCUGGCAAGAGCAGUGAGUGACGGGUCUCAGUGUGGGUGCUGAUCCUUAUCUCAUACAAACCCACCUGCCAGGAGGGUCAGGUGUUUAGCAUUUACUCUGCAAGAUUUUCUGAG